GACGGACCUGUUAGGGAAGCGGUAAGGCAGAGGAGGCAGAGGAGGCAACGGUGGCGGUCCAUGCGGAGAGAUCUUCCGGUACCACCGGAAACCAGAAGCAUUGCAUUGGAAUGGUUAGGUGGGAGCAGAUUGCAGGCCGGGGAGGCCAGUUUUGCUGCAGCAGAAGAGGAAGAGAGGCCGACCACUGCUGAAGUAACCAAAACAUGUGAGAACAAAUAUCCGUGUUUGGACAAUGAAACGUCUUCCAGAAAGAAAGAAGAAAAUGAAAAGGGAAACGUAAACGAAGGUUGCUUCUUCGAUUGCAACAUAUGCUUGGAUUUGGCAAAGGAGCCUGUCGUCACUUGUUGUGGCCACUUGUUUUGCUGGCCUUGUCUUUAUCAGUGGAUACAUGUCCAUUCUGAUGCAAAAGAGUGUCCUGUUUGCAAGGGGGAGGUGACGAUGAAGAACGUGACUCCAAUUUACGGGCGUGGGAGUGGGACCCGUGAGACUGAAGAGGACUCGUCCUUUGCACUCAAAGUCCCCCAUAGACCUCAAGCACGCCGAGUCGAGAGUUGGAGACAAACCAUCCAGAGGGCAGCAUUCAGCAUCCCAAUGGAUGAGAUGAUUAGGCGGCUGGGAAGUAGGUUUGAUCUCGCACAGGUUCAGACUCAAAACCGGGAUGGGUCCCAGGAAUCUCCAGGGGAUAUUCUCAACAGGUUUUUUACCUCACGGGGACGCAGAGAGCAUCAUAAUCCUCCCCACAUCUCAGUGGAUGACAGAGAUUCUGGUUCAAGCAUUGCUGCUGUUAUUCACUCGGAGAGUCAAACUGUGGAAAAUGUUAUUGAGAUUGAUUCUACAGUGUCUCUUUCCACCUCAUCCUCCAGACGAAGAAGCGACCAUACCUCUAGAGUUUCAGAUGUUGAUAGUGGAGACUCACGCCCGCUUAGGAGGAGGAGAUUCAACUGAGCUUCCUCCUCAUCUAUCUUAUUUUCCAUUUAAGUUUUCAUAAAUUUCUUUCUGCAUGAUUGUGUUUGCUCAAGUCUCUAGUAUAAACGCGGCCAUUAUAUAUAGGCAUUUCCCUCAAAUUUUAUAUGCUCUAAACGUUGUUGAACUUGCUGCCAUGAUGAGAUAUUGCUCACAUGGGGCAUUCAUAAUAUGCAUUGUUAAGUUUUCUUUUUCAUUCCAUUUUAAUUAUUGACUGUAAAUUGCCCUCAAUUGCGUAACGUUUUUUUUGGAAUAAAGAGUAAAAAGGAAAAAGAGGGAUUCUUAGGCCCAAAUUUGGCCCAAAUUAAAUUAAUAUACCCUAUAAAUAUAUAUAUAUAUAUAUAUAUAUAUAUAUAUAUAUAUAUAUAAGGGGAAGGAUAUUUAUUAGAAAAGGAAAAAGUACAAAGGGGGAUGGGACGGAUCCCUACAAGCUGUCCCAAAAAAGAGUGAAUACUACACUCAAGAGAGAAACUAUCCAAACUAAUACAGAGUAUAAAACAAGCAGCAUCAAGCCAAACAAUAAAAAUCACAUGAGGAGAGCAGAAUGCAGUCUGCCCAAAUGACCAGGAUGGGAGUCAUUAAGUUCUGUCCAGCAAUUCUAGCUAAACGCAUGAAUCAGCUCCAGAAAAGAUGACAGAAAUUAUGCUCAUCCGUAAUGUUGAUAGAUGAAGCAAACACCAGAAACGGUUCCCUUCACAUAGUUGUAUUUUCACAAGUAACAGCGCCAAAACCAUCUAGAGCCAAAUUGUUCACUUUCAAUUCUAAGCAAAAACAUUGAAAGCUUGCCAAAGGUAAAGUCAUAAGGUUUAUACAUUUAAAAUGUCAUCCAAAGUUAGUGUAAACACACUGCCAUUCUCAGACCAGAAUUAGAUUAUGAUAAUUUAUAACCUGAUAACGACCUGCAGCACUGGAUUAAGGAAGAGGGUGAACAUCAUGAGGAGAAAAUCUUGACAGCAUUCUCACCAAUCAAAUUUG